AGACUAGCGUGUCUCGGGAGACAUAUCUGUGUUCUGCAGCUCCACACCGAGGUUCAGGGUGCCUGCAGCUCCACCUGCUUUGCUGAUUAGCUGAAGCACAAACUCUGAUUUUUCUUCUUUUUUUGAUUCAGGGAAAUGAAACUUGAAGUUUUCUCCGCGCACCACUUUGCCCAGAAGCCACUGGAGCUCUGCAUGGAGCCAGACGGGGGAAUUCCCUCUCCUCUGUCCGGGGAUGAGCUCGGCUCAGACGGAGACUGCGUGGCCAACAGCCCGGCACCUGUCACUCAAGGCAGCGAGAGCGGCAAAGGGAAGCCGUACACCCGCAGACCAAAGCCUCCCUACUCCUACAUUGCCCUCAUCGCAAUGGCCAUCCGGGAGUCCAGCAGCGGCCGUCUGACUUUGGCAGAGAUCAACGACUACCUGAUGAAGAAGUUCCCGUUUUUCCGAGGCAGUUACACCGGCUGGAGGAACUCCGUGCGUCACAACUUGUCACUCAACGACUGCUUCCUUAAAGUGCUCCGGGACCCGUCCAGGCCCUGGGGGAAGGACAACUACUGGAUGCUGAACCCGCACAGCGAGUACACCUUCGCUGAUGGGGUCUUCCGGCGCAGAAGGAAGCGCAUCGCCAAGAGGGGCCCCAAGGAGCAGGAGAGCCCGGACAUGCUGAGCGAGGACACCCGGCUCCCGGCCGCGGAGGAGAGAGUGGGGGCCAAGUUCACCAGCUCCUUCGCCAUUGACAGCAUCCUCAGCACGCCGUUCAAAAGGAGAGAGGAGCACCACCCUGACACACAGAAGCCCACCCCACAGAUGUACUGGCCCUCUGGGGCCCACACGUUGCCAUACGCUCUGAACUAUCCGGUGCAUCAUCCAUAUCUGUCUGAGGCGGCGUACAGCAGCACAGAGCCCGGCAGGGAUCCCUACCUGCAUGCGACGGCAGUGGGCAGGGUCGCACCUGAAGCAGCCUUCAAGGUGCCCAGCAGAGCCCGAGGCUUCCACAUAGACUCCCUGCUGUCAUAAAAAAAUAUAUAUACA